CUGCAAUGUUGUAACAAUGUCAGUUACAAAGUUGUAUCACGUUUGUAUUAUUUUCACUACGUUUGUUAUUGAAAAUAAAUAGAUUUGUUUCGGAGUUUAUUUUUGUUAGAUUUUUUAAAAUUGUACUAGUUUCAUAAAACUUACCUAUUUAAAUAGUUUAAUUCAUUAUGGAAAGUGACGAAACAAGGAAUUCAAAUUUACAAUCUUUAAUGGCAGUCCCCCUUCAGAUAACUGGGAAUGCUACAAUAAUGGAUGAAGGAAUAAUAGAUGAAGGAAUAAUAGCGGAGACCUACCCUGAUAUUUAUGAAAAUACAACACUAGUGGAUGAAGGUAUAACAGCAAUACCAUGUGGUAUAUCUGAAUCUGCUACAGUUAUGGAGGAAAAUACAAAAGCAGCACCGUUUGACUUAUCAGAGAAUGCAACCAUAGUGGAGGAAGGUUUAAGGCUAUGUCCAUUAUGCCAGUCAGAAAUCAAACUGUUUUUCAUAAACUUCAAUGAAAAACUACUAAUGUGUGAGAAUACAGAGUGUGAAUAUCCAUUUGGCCAUGAAGAUCUUCAGUUCUACAAGGAGGACAACGAGGCGCAGUCCGAGGAUGUGGUCAGCAUGAAGAGCAAGCGGACCCUUGAGUCUCCGUCGGCGACCUGCUCUGUAGUUUCAGCAGCUGCUUGGAUGGAAAUAGACAAGUUGAACCGAGCGUACGAAUCAGAAGACAGCCAGUUCGAAAUCAAAGUAACGGAUAAGAUUAAGCAUAAAAGAAAGAGAGAACAAGUGGAUGAUGACAGGGAGAAUGAGAUCUCCAAAAACAUUGAGGAUAUAAAGGAACUGAGUAAGGAACUAGUGAAUAUUGAUGAUAAAAUUAAAACGACUAGGAUAAACAAUGCAAAGUGGAUAAAGAAUUUGAUGAACAUACAGACAAUAUCGGGGAUGUCCCUGGUUAAACCAGAGGAGUUAAAUAUAUGGAAGAAACAGCAACCGGCGUUAGGUCUGGCCGAAUUGAAAAUUGAUAUAGACAGGAGCAAUUCAAAUAGUAUAUCGCUAGUAAAUAUACAAAUCAUGAACAAAACUGAUGGCAACGAAGCGCUAGCAAAUAAUUGACCAUUUGCUGUUUUUGUUAUUAAUUCUUUAAGAAUUUUAGUUGUUGUUUCCAACUGAUUGUUUCUAAUCAUCGAGAUUUUAAAUAAUUUAUUGUUUAUUAAAAUAUUUAUUAUGUUGUGUUUUUUUUUUUCUAGGUACCUAUAGAACUUUUUAUGUGCCAUACCAUAGUAAAAUUUACUAUACUUUGUUGAUUUAAACAAUUGUUUUGUUUAAAACUUAUUAUAUAUGGCAUUUGUGUUUUAUAUUUGAUUAAAAUCCAAAGUAUUUCAACAAUGUAAGUUCAAUAUUAUAAUAUUGUAAGGUCCAUCAAUGAUAGAAACAUUUGUAUCCGAAAUUGUUUUAUAGGGAUCUCAAAACCAGGUUACUUCUAAAUAAAUUGCCAAGAAUAGUAAUGAACUGCCUCACGUAAACCAACAACCAAUUUACAAUAAUUUGUCGACAGUUCUUCAUAUUAUGAUGAAUUGUAAUAAACUAAAAAUUUCCCUAAAAUUCGAUUUACCUGGAAAUGAGUUACCUCUAUUGUGUUUAUAGUUUUAUGAGAUGGCGCGUUGUUUUGAUUGGCUCAUUUUAACCUUUACACGUGUACUAUGCGACAAUAGAUCCUAGACGGAUCAAUAGAUAAGAAAUUUCAAAAGAUUUUUAGGGUUGCAAAUACUUUUGGCCAGACAGUAUGUCUGCGUAACAUCAAAAUCUUAAAGUGAGAGAAGCCACUCAUUUUACUAUUUCACAACUUUUUUUUUUUUAUACAACUUAGAAUGGCAAACAAGCUGACGGCCCACUCUUUCACAACUAUAAAAGUAGAAAUAAUUUUACAGAAUUUCCUGUAACAUUCAGCCAUCUCGGUCGAGUGGUAAAUGUUUCCUGCAGUCUAUGUGGACGGAUAGUUCUUAAGUGGUUUGUGAUAUUAGUUGUAGCUGAAUAUUUUUAUAUUAAAGAGUUACUUUAUGCAUACAUUUUUAUUUUUAAUUCUUUCUUAUGCAACUUAGAAUGGCGAACAAGCUGACGGCCCACCCGAUGGAAAGUGGUAAUCGUCGCCUAUAGACAUGAGCAGUACCAUAGAGUGAGCACAGAGUACCAUAUACUGUUUCGCCCAUGAUACCUCCUAUACUUUUUUUUUAUACAACUUAGAAUCGCAAACAAGCUAACGGCUCACCUGAUGGAAAGUGGUAACUGUCGCUUAUAAACAUGAGCAGUACCAAAGACACAACAAAGUAUACUGUUUCGCCCAUGAUACCCCCCAUGCGUUGUCAUUCCUGAGGACUCGGGUGUUAUUCCUCUGUACCCAGUAAAUUCA